GUCAUGCAGCCGCAGUCUUCGUGGGAUCGCUGAUCAGACCUUUUCACAUUCAAACAAAUCCAAACCUCGAUUCAUUCAUCCCUGUCACAGACAUGACAAACAGAUCACCAUCGCCUGAGACUACCUCCGAGGCGCUUUCAGAGCUGUCCUCCGGUGACAGUGACACCGGUGAUACCAGCACAACCUUUGAUAAUAAUAGCCAACACCCAUCGACGAUCCCGCUUUGGUACAAAAAGGAAACCUUGACCUACUAUCCACUUGCUGGGAUUCGUCCUAUUGAACCCACAUAUUUGUCCAUUGCUGAUCAGGAGCCUGCUCUACUAGAUAUGGGGCCUUUUCCUCGAAAGCUUGUCGUCCUUGAUCUCAAUGGCACAUUAUUUUAUCGUUCAUUUCAUCGGAAUCGCAAAACAAUUCAUCAACGUCCAUUUUUGAGGACUUUUCUAAACUUUUUGUUCCAACGCUUUCGCGUCAUGGUCUGGUCCAGUGCUCGUCAAUCCAGUGUUGAUGCCAUGUUGGAAGCAGGUUUUGCAGACCUGAGGACCAAUCUGGACAGAGUCUGGAGCCGAGAACACUUUGGAAUGGCUGCAUCUGAAUACAAUCGCAAAGUACUGACGCUCAAGGAUCUGAGCCGUGUAUGGAUGGAGAUUGAGGAUGAGCGGAAGAAUGCCGCAGAAUCGGAAAUGCGGCCUGGCGGCAGAUAUGCAACACGAUACGAUCAAACCAAUACAAUCCUAAUCGACGACUCUGUAGACAAAUCACAACUCCAGCCACAAAACUGCAUAGUGGUCACUAGUUUUAAUAGGGCUCAGUGGGACCUCGGGAAAGACGAGGAGCUGAUUAAAGUCAUGGCCUAUAUGAAGCAAUUGAUACCUCAACAGAACGUGAGUGCAUAUAUGAAGAAACACCCAUUCAAUUCAGAAAGUAACGAAUUUGAUGAGUUCCUUAAAAAGUAUCGGAAAAAGAAGGAGAAGGUGUCGUUGAAAAGAGCGCAUAAAAAGGCCAAAAAGAGAGAACUAAGGCAAACCUACGAGGAUGAACAUACCAAGAAAAUAGAGAAUAUCCUUGAUGAUGUGGCUCCAACAGAAGACUCUAAGAGUUCAUUGUCAAAAGAGGUAUCAAUACCGGUUCUACCGGCAUCUACAGGGGCAGAAUCGAAUCCCCCUAGUCCACAACCGGAAUUACAGUCAAAGCACCAACUAGCAAAGAUAUCAGGAAAACGCAGCAGAUCAGGAUCGGGGGAUAACAGACAAAAAUUAAACAAGCAGCACAAGAACAUGUAAUAAAACUUUGGAUUCUUUCCAGAUUUGGGAGGCAACUUUGUAUUCUUUCAAACGCGUCAUGACAUCGAAUUUAACUCUGAAUUAAGGCUACAAAACAAUAAAUAAAUGGAUGAUGAAGAAUGUGUGAG